CCGAAUUGCUCAGCUAUCAGUUGCCGUUUGCUUGCCAUGAAGAUGUCCUUUCGACUGGUUUGAUGGGUUGCGGGAGUUCCGUGCCAAAAGCCAAAGUCUAUCGAGAAAACGAGGAAGACAAAGAACCGACUCCAGUGGAAGAGGUUCGAGUCCAAACGGUCGGCCUGGACGACCGGGUCGACGUCCCUCUACUUCAUGACGCGUCUGUAUCCCAUGCCGGAAGUUUCGAGAGUGGCUGGAUGGUGGAGAUGUCCCCUGAAACCUGGGAGGCUCUCCCUGCAGAUGUGGAUGAGACCCUGACGGAGGCAUACUAUAGUGGUCAGCCUGUAGCUCUCUACACCGUGCGAGGUGCACGCCCAAGCGAGGAUGUGAGCUAUGACGUAGACUUCCGUCAGCUCAUGCGAACCACUCGCAGUACUGGACAGCAGCACCGUCUACGCUAUGUACCUCACCCGUCUGCCAAUGCAUCAAAGCUUGCGAGCACAGCCAGUGCCAGUGCUGGUAGAACGCAGUACCAGUGGGAACUCAAGAAUGGUGCAUGGGCGGACUUUGAAGAAGAGGAGCUGCAACACCUCAUCCGUGCUUGGAUGAUGGGGCAUGACGAAGUCCUGUAUGAAGCAAGAGGCCUUCAAUACGAGAUUAACUUUCGAAGGAUGAUUCAGAUCAACCUCUCGAGUGGAAACAAGCGGCACAUCCGGGUGAAGCCACGUCAAGCAGAUCCCAAUCAGCCUGUGGCAAGCACCCAGGCUUCAGCUACAGACCCUUCAACUACUGCAGCUCCUACCCCGACAGACGCAAGAAGUAGCGGCGAGCCACGUGCCCGAUCACAACCUCGCUCAGGUGUGACUCCACCUGGCAGACCAAAGCGCUUUAGCUUGGGCAAAGAUGGGAAGGAGGCAAAAGGCGCCGGCCAAGGACAAGAAAGUGAAGGACAAGGAGGAGGCAGACAGACUUGUCACCCCUCAGUCGACACUGACGAGCCGGCUUUGCCAUUUGGCGUGCAAUGGCCUUCUGCGCAGGCUAAAGCUGCAGCAAAAGCAUUGUACAUGGAAUUGCUGUCUUCUCAGCAGUGCACACAAGCGGAGAGGCGGAGCUGCUACAAGCACAAAUGCUUGCUGUGGCACCCAGGCAAGAAUCUCGACAAAGAGGAUGUAGCAACAGAAGUCUUUCAAUUUCUGCAGCUGCUUCGAGAUUGGUACUUGUCUUGACAGAGUUGGUCAAAUGCGGGGAGCAGCCACUACUGGUACCAACCAGCCCGUUCCAAUGUUCCAUCAGCGGAUCAUUGAUCUGGCACGAUGAAUAUGUGCAUUUGCAAUGAUAGCUGCAAGAGUGCCAUGCACGGAGUGCAAACUGAUUGUCGAAUGAAGCUCGCUUGUUUCACACUGUUCGACCUUUUGUGGACAGGGGAAAGGGCUGAAGAUCGGCUCCUUCCAAGUUGCGUGCCAUGGAGUGCCUUUCAGAAAGACUCGGCAUCACGAGGGAGACUGGAUUUGGGUAAAAUAAGGGGUACCUCCUGGAGUGAUCUAACUAGUGAGAGGCAAUGACGACUCGCCGCAUCACGAUCAACACAAUGUUGCCUAAUUUUUCG